GCCCCACACGUAACCCAAUGCUCCCACAAACAUCCCAUCAGUACUCGUUACCCCCCAUAACGUCUCAAGUCUAUGGUCAUAACUCUCGCUCUCAGUAUGAGUAUGCACCGCCACCAAUCCACCCUACUCACUCACCUCUACCCCAUCUCUCAAACUUGGCCUUCCGACCAGAAGAUGACCAGACCUAUGGUGACCAGCAACACUCACAGCGGUCAGCUUACCAAGGUGCUCCCUACGUUUAUUCCCAAGGACCUUACAAUUCUCCACAUAUGAAUCAAGCUCAUUCAUAUCACCCAAUGUCUCCCAAAAAUCGCCACAAUAAUGACUACCCACCAGUUGCUGCAGGCGGCGCUGGAUCAUACCAUGCCAUGCCAACCAAGAGCUACGACAAUAGCUAUUCAGAUGCACCUCAUAAGCAUCACGGAGAAGAUCAAGCCAAUUCAUACAGCAAUCGUUGGCGCGAAGAAGCUGAGCAGGAACCGGUCUAUCGUAAUGGGUACAAAGCGACUUACCAAGAAGGUUAUGGUGAUGAAGACAAUGAUUGGGCUGAAGGAGCCGUGGAUGCUGCAGAGUCUACAGAGAGUGGACGAGACAAACGAAAAAGAGAGUAUACCGACCGUGUCGUCAAUAUCAACAGCGACUUCAUGGAUAAUUAUGAAAGCAUUUAUCAAGAGAAGCUCAAUGCUCUUCAGGAAGAUCUAUUGGCUAUCCAGCAAGAGUCUCACCCUUCCCUUAGGGAAUCCAUAGCUGACUUGGAAAAAGCACGGCAACACGUAAUAUAUCAGGCGCGUAUGAUUAUGGAAUACCAUAUCACUUGCACCAACGAGCAAUUUCAAGCGGAAAUCUCUAGUUUAGAAGACGAGUAUACGGCGGAAAAACAAGGGAUGAGAGAUAUGAUGCUGAAUGCAUUGGAAGAAAAACGAAAACGAUUACGCGAUGAAAAGGAUAAUGAAAAUGAUAUUGCCAAUGAUAUUUUCUUUUCUACGCAUCAAACUCGAAACCGUAAGAGAAUAAUGCGCAAGAGAGGCGGUAUACUGGAAACCGAAUCUUUAGCGCACUACCGAUCCCCCAACAGCGUGGUGAAUGCUGUUGCCAAACGAAGACACGCUACUGAUCAUAUCCUUUACACCCGUAUUAUGACAUUGUGUUGAUGUUUACUGUAUCAAUCUGCUCUUUUUUAUCCUUGAUUCUUUUGUUCUCCUCUAGUACGCCUCAACACGCUAGCCAACUUAAAUACCGCUUUGACCACCAGAGACGAAGAU